GAUUUGCGUCCCUUUUAUUGCUUCGCCGGCUUAUGCAGGGCAUUCACUUGCUUAGCCACCCAAAUACGAACUAAAACACAGAGCAAGAAGUAAAGAAAGGCCAUUCUCGCUUCUGCAUGCCUCUCUGCGUAUCUUUCCUACGCCUCCUCUCCUUUUGAGCUUUCAUUCCAUCAAGUUCAUGGGCACUCUGAUCUUGUUCAUCCUCUUCUCGGUAUUGUUUGCUCCGGCGACAUCCACAAAUCGCACUUUGAGCAAUGGUUUGUCUCUCUCCAGCGAGAAACCGGAAGAUGUUUUGACUUCGCCAAAUGGAGUGUUCUCCGCGGGCUUUUACCCCGUCGGUGACAAUGCUUAUUGCUUUGCCAUAUGGUUCGCCUCCCGAACCUCAAGGAGUCAGGACCGCACCGUUGUCUGGAUGGCCAACCGAGACCAACCGGUUAACGGAAGGAAAUCGAAGCUCUCCCUGCUCAGAACUGGUAAUCUUAUCUUAACCGACGCCGGUAAGUUCACCGUCUGGGAAACAAACACUGUUUCUAUCUCUUCUUUAGAAUUACGUCUUUCCGAUGCUGGUAAUCUUGUUCUACGAACUUUGGGAGGUGGAAGUUUGUGGGAAAGCUUCGACUUUCCCACAGAUACCUUGCUUCCCCAGCGAUUUCUAACUAGUGAUACAAAGCUUGUCUCCUCGAGAAGCCAGACCAACUAUUCCUCUGGCUUCUACAAGCUUCUUUUCGAUAAUGACAACGUUCUCUGCCUUCUUUAUGAUCGGGCUAACAUUUCCAGUCGUUACUGGCCUGAACCAUGGCUUACGCCCGGGCAAGCCCAAAGGUUCGUGUACAAUAGUAGCAGAAUCGCAGUGCUUGAUUCCUUCGGGAACUUUAGUUCUUCCGAUAAAUUUACAUUUUCGUCAACUGACUAUGGGCAAUUGCUCCAUAGAAGAUUGACACUUGAUUACGAUGGUAAUCUUCGAUUGUACAGUUGGGACGAGGAGGGCGAGAUGUGGGUUGUUUCAUGGCAGGCCUCGCAGGUACCUUGUAUUAUUCAUGGUGUUUGUGGAGCUAACGGUAUAUGCAGCUAUGUUCCUGAUAUUGGCAGAAAGUGCUCGUGCCUCCCAGGGUAUAAGAUGAUAAAUCAUACCGAUUGGUCUCAAGGGUGUGAACCCGAAUUUGAUCUCUCGUUUGGGAAAAACAAGUUUGAUUUUUGGCUGUUAUCCUAUCUUGAUUACUAUGGUUUUGAUUAUGGUAGCUACCACAAUUUUACACUUGCUCAAUGCAAGGAGUUAUGCUUGGGAUUGCCCGAGUGCAAAGCAUUCCAAUACACCUUUUCCAGGGAACAAGGACGUUCAAGUUGUUACCCCAAGACUCUACUGAUGAAUGGACAUCGUCAUUCUUUUCCUGGAAGCUUCUAUCUAAGAGUGCCCAAAAAAAAUCUCCUAAAACUCCUCUCUAAUGCCAAUCUUGCAGAAAACAUCGGUUUAAAUUGUUCCAGUGUAGGUCCCCUGCUAUUGGAAAGAGUAUACUUAAAAAACCGGGUAAAUGGGACCGUGAAAUUCAUGCUCUGGUUAGUUCAACCCAAUUACAUAAAAUGGGUUAAACUGAGUCUCAUUGUGUCAAUUUUGACUCACUUAUAA